AUGCUGCAGCCGCGGAUGAAUGCUGCGCUGUAUGGCUACGACACGCAGACUUUCCAUGACCAUCCACAGGAACAUGCUGCAAUUUCGAAGCAGCACAAGCCGGAUCAAGAGCCGGCAUUUCCAGCUGUUUACAGGGUCGGAGCUGCCACGCAAGCAGCUGUGACCAAUCAGAAAGCGCCAACCUUUGGAAGGUUCGAAAGCAAGGCAGAGGCAGCGAUGUGGGAAGCAUUGGGUCGAGCGGCGAUCCGACGAAUGAGCAAUCCACCAGUUGCGGGUCCUUGGCCAGCUGCAGCACUGGCUCUCACACACAGCGACCGCAACACGGCUGCCACCCUCACGCAGGUUGGAGAAGUCGGGCGGAAGCGCCCCAGUUUUCUGCCACCUCCAGAUCCGGCAAAGAGUGGACCGCUACCUCCGCUACCAACCUUUGGUGAUGGAGUGGGCCACUCGCUGCCACCUUUGCCUCCCCUCCAGGGCCCGGCGCCGCUGACGGGAGUUACCUUGCAAGCCUAUGCCGGCAGCUACGGCGGGGCCAAACAGCCUAGUGGAGGAGGAAGUCACGGAAUGCAGUUUGGCGACCCAUUUUCUCCGCCAUGGAUGUUUGCUACUCCUCCUACUGACAUCACGGAGCCCUGGAUGCCAGGAUUCGACAAUGCCGGAGAUCAGCUGCUGGAAAUCGGAGCCUGGCAAUCGGCGAUGCCACCCGUGACUCUCUUGAGUGACUUGAUAUGCCCCCUCUCUCUCAAGGGCAGGCGGCUCAAAGGAUUCCUCUGA